AUGGGAAAUGACUUCAAGAAUGGUGCCGAUCUGAAUCUCGUCGAGCGCGGUUCUCGUAGCGGAGAAGAUGUAGAGUCGCCGACCACAGUUCACUCUGAUGAACCAAGCCAAGCCGGGGCGUUCGAUCGGUACAUCAACCUUGCAUCUGUCGUUAACUUCGGUGUUAUCAUCCUCGCCUCGUGGGAGUCGUUCGCUGUAACUUUCCAGUUUGCGCUUACCAACGGCGGUCCUGCUUCUAUCUUCUAUGGUUCCAUUCUGGCUGGGUUCGGAGCAUGUGCAGUCGGAUUCUCGCUUGCCGAAUUGGCUUCUAUUGAUCCAACUGUCGGUGCACAGUAUCGCUGGUCUGCCAACUUCGCUCCUGCUGCUCCUCGCUUUUGGGGCCUGCUACAAGGAUGGAUCACCACAGCCGCCUGGUGCUUCGCCUGCGGUGGGCCUCCGUCAAUUUUGGCCAACAUAAUCACAUCCCUCGCCGUAUUCAACUAUGAGAACUACGCCCCUGAGCGUUGGCACACCAGUCUAAUCAUGAUUGCAAUUAUGAUCAUCCCGUUCAUGUUCAACCUGUGGUUCCGCAAGCUUCUCGAUGCGUUCGAAAUGACGGGUGGUAUCUUGCAUAUCACCUUGUUCAUCGUUGUCAUCGUUAUUCUCGUCGUCUUCGGGCCUCGCAACGAUGCAGCUUUCGUCUUCAAGACUCUGACUUCCGACGUGUCUGGCUGGAACAACUCCGGCGUAUCCUGGGGACUGGGACUACUGAGCAUGACAUUCUCCGUCACAGGCGCUGAUAGCGUAUUGCAUAUGUGUAUUAUAGGUGAUGAGGUCAAGAAGGUUCGCACUCGAGUCCCGCGUAGUAUCAUCCUGGCUUGCACUGUCAACUCAGCCAUGUUGAUUGUAUUCGCCACCAUCCUCCUAUUCUACAUGGGCCCCCUGACAGACGAGAUCGUUGCCACACCCCUACCAUUACUCUGGAUUAUCUACGGUAUUACUGGGUCAAAGGUCGCUACAAACGUUUUGAUCUCCCUCAUCGCCGUCAUCUUCUUCUUCGCGCUGUUCAACAUCUUCGCUUCUGUCUCACGACUCGUCUGGGUCUUUGCACGCGACAACGGCCUACCGUUUUCCAGCUUCUUCUCAUACGUGCACCCAACGCUCAAACUUCCACUCAACGCCCUCCUCCUAGUUGGCUCCAUCGUCACCUGCCUCUCCCUCAUCUACAUCGCCAGUGCGACCGCUUUCAACGCAUUGAUCUCGCUCCAAGCUUUCGCCCUCCACAUCUCGUACUUUUUCCCCAUCCUGUUUUUCCUGCUACGGAAACUGCGUGGUCCUAUGCCCCCAUACGGCCCGUUCAAGAUGGGUGCCAUCGGUGUACCCGUCAACAUCUUCGCGCUAUGCUACAUCGUCUACGUAGUGCUGUGGAUGCCGUUCCCACAAGUCCUCCCCGUUACUAAGGAUAACAUGAACUACGCAGGGCCGAUCUUUGGAGCAGUGGUGGUGGGUGCGCUUGCGCACUGGUUUAUACGUGGAAGAAAGACGUUCAGCUUGCCGAUCAAGCGGUAUGAGUAG